AUGGCAAGUCCCGCGUCCGCGCCGGAUCGCCCGGCGGACCACGAUCGAGAUGCGGAACGAAAUAGUUCGCAGGUGGCGCGAGAGGCACUGGGCGCCAGCGAGAAGUCGCCUGGUCCGUCAAUCCAGGAACCCCAGGUGCAUGCUUCGCCAGAACAGAUGCAGGUAGAUCCACAUGCAAACGAUGCUCCAGACCAUUACGGAACCUCCGAUCAUCAAAAUUCCCUCAUGCAUUCUUCGACCGUCGCAAGUCCAGGUCCGAUCGAAGAAUCUGCUUCGCAGGAUGGAGACCGGCGUCCUCGGGACGACUCUGAGAUUGAUCAAGAUAGCAACAAGGCCUUCUCAUAUCCUUAUGCCUACGGUAGAAGCAGCCCGCGCUCUCCUUCUGCGAAGAAACACCGAUGCCCCUUCUGCGCCACCGAAUUUACCCGCCAACAUAACCUCAAAAGCCAUCUCCUGACCCAUAGCCAGGAGAAGCCAUUCGUCUGCCAAACCUGUCAGUCUCGAUUCCGCCGAUUACAUGACCUGAAGCGACACACUAAGCUACACACUGGGGAGAGACCCCACAUUUGUCCCAAAUGCGGGCGACGUUUCGCACGUGGUGAUGCAUUAGCGCGACACAACAAGGGUCAAGGAGGAUGCGCUGGCCGGCGGGCAAGCAUGGGAAGCUUUGCGGGAGAAGAUGACUACGGUGAUGGUCAACACCCCGACGAUGCGAUGGAUGGACUAGUCUACGCCGAACCGGAACGCAUGGACGAGGAGGAAGAGCGCCGACUCAGCACCGGCAUCCGCAAGCACGACGCUGAUUCAAUUCCUCGAUCUGAUUCGUAUCAUGGUCGCCAGCCGAGCACCUAUCCGCCAAUUGCAGCUAACCGCACAGGACUUUUCCCACCGCCAGGCACACAUGGCGGCUCGGGUACGUCAGCCACAGCCACUUCGCAAACUGCCAGCUUCACAUUCCCGCCUGCUGGUCACCCAUCUGGCACCGCUCUUUUCACUCCAAGCACUAUCAGUGAAGCUUCAAAACCGUUGUCUCCCAAUGCCCUCUCUCACCCGGACUCGGGGACUUCAUCACACCGUGGACACUCGCCUAGCGUAGGACAGUCUCUACCGCACCCGACGUCCUUCGGACGCGCCAAUCUUCCUCCACCCCGGGAGCGCCUCAACUUCCUCCGCCACCAUUCCAGUAACCAUGCCUUGCCCAAGGUUGGACCUGAAAUUUCCGAGAGUGAUGCGAAUCAGAUCGAAAAGCUAUGGGCCUACGUGCGAUCUAUGCAUGAAGAGAUGGCAAGCCUGCGCACCGAAGUUGCCUCAUUGCGCGCCCACAUCGCCUCUACCAACCCGGGACCUGCUCCUGCGCCGCCAGUAGACGCGAAUCAGGCAAACCCAGGCCCUCGGUGA